AUGCUGACAGCACUGGCGCUGGAGGAGCUGGCGGGGGCGGUGGAGGUGGCGGUGGAGGCGCUGGUGGGGGUGGGGGUGGUGGUGGGAGUGGUGGCAGGGGUGGGGGCGUCGGUGGCGGCAGUGGAGGCGGAGGAGGCGGCGGCGGCGGCGGUGGGAGCGGAGGAGGCGGAGGUGGAGGCGGUGGAGGAAGUGGAGGCGGCAGUGGUGGAGCUGGUCGGGGUGGCUCUGCGCAGAGGGGCGGCUCCAGUGGUGGACAGCGCCAGCAGCAGCAGCACACUCGUGAGACCCCCUCCCCCCAGCAGCUUCUGCGGUGGUCCGCACUCCACCCAGCGCUGCUUCGGCCGUCUAACGGACGCUUGA